AUGAUUUUGUUGUUCAAUAUUUUUCCCCUUAGUAUUAACUUUAAAAAAAAAACGAAAUUAAUAACUGUCCUUUUCUUUUCCUGCUAUUCAGAAUCUGUUCAAUUAUAUGUCAAGAUUGAUAACAAAGACUGGUUCGUAGUCACAUUUAAAUCAGUUAUCUUUGGAUUUUCAAAUCGAGGUAUUUCUACACAAAAUCUGAUCUACAAUGAUUUUAAUAUCAGAAAAAUUACAGCUCAAGAUGUGAAUGAUUUUGCAAAACUUACUGGUGAUAUUAAUCCAAUUCAUUUAGAUUCGAAUUAUGCUAAACAAACACGUUAUGGAAAAUGUAUUGUACAUGGAACAUUUAUUCAAGGUCUACUUUCUUGUUUGCUUGGUGUACAUUUCCCUGGGACCGGAUGUGUUUUACAUGCAAUAAACUGUAAAUUCCCAGAACCAUUAUUUGUUGAUGAAACAUGUCGAAUAGAAGCUCUAGUAUCUAAAUUACGUGGAAGACUAGCUACUUUCGAUGUAAAUGCUUAUGCCUACGAAAGAAAUGCGGUAAAUUUUUACUUUAUUUUUUCACAUUAUUUUGCGCUCAAGACAAUAAAGUGAAUUUCGAAGCUGUUCUAAAUCAUAUAUGAAGUUAUUUUUUUUCGAAUAUUAAGCGAGUAUUCAUAUAAAUUAUUUUGUAUUAACUGUAAUUUAUUUUCUCCUUCAUUGUGUGCUAUGCAGUACUUGCUCGACCCGAUGUUUUUCUAUCGGUUGUUG